AUGGGUGUCUUUGGCAAGCUUGGAGAUACUUUCGUGGACCUCUCGGUCAUCUUGUGGGACAAUGGCAUUGCUAUCUUGAAUCUGCUCACGCCGAAGCUCAAGCCUGGUCAGGUCGUUCCAGAGGGCUGUCCUGGUCACAAUGGCAGAUGGCCAGAGUACGUUCCACCCAAAGAGGGUGACUCGAGAUCAGCAUGUCCGAUGUUGAAUGCCAUGGCGAAUCACGGCAUCCUCCCCCACGACGGCAAGAACAUCACCUUCAAAGAGCUCAACACCAAAGUCCGCGAGACCUUCAACUUCGCCUCCUCCUUCUGCUUCUUCGUGCCCAACUUCUCCGCCCGCUUCCUCAACAAGUCGUAUGCGAAAGACAAGUUUGAUCUCGAAGACCUCAGUCUGCACGCCGAUAACGCCAUCGAGCACGAUGCUAGCCUCACGAGGCAGGAUAAGGCGUUGGUCGCGGACCAGGGCAAGCCAGACUUGGAGCUGGUUCAUGGAUUGUUGAAAGAGGCGACCGGCAAGAUGCCUGAUGGAUCUCCCAAGCUGACGAUUCCGGAUCUGUCGAGGGCUUUGGCGAAGAGGAGGACGGAUGCGAAGAGGACGAAUAAGGAGUACUCUGAAUCAUUCUUCCACAAUACGUUUGGAAGUGCCAAUUCGAGCACAAUGCUCACGAUCUUCGGCGGACGAGUGGACGAUCUGACACCGAUGUUGACUGAAGAGCGGUUCUCUGAGAAGUGGGAGCCUCGCGUUCUGGAUCGAUAUGGCCUGACCAUGGCCAAGUUCAAUGGAACGGUCAUUCCUGUGGCGAGUGGAGUGAAGAAGUAUCAAAAGGAGGAAUAG